UUUUUUUUGGAUUAAUGAUUCGUUUUGGCGAGAAAAAACUUAUUUACGAAGUUUCCGUAAACUUUUUGAAGUGAAUCGCAAACGUCUAAAAGUUUGUUUUGAACGGUUCAAAUUCAAAAUCGAAAUAGAUUCGCGAAAUUGAACAGCGCGUAAGUUUCUCUCUAUUUUGAAGGGUUCUCUCUUUAGGUGGUCAUUGAGAGACCACUGCUACUCCAUACGUCGGCGAUUGAAGAAGUGAUGGAGAUACCGGAAGAUGUGUUGACGGAGAUCCUGUCUACGGUGCCAGUGAAAUCCCUCCUCCGAUUCAUAUCGGUCUCUAAACACUGGCACUCUCUCAUCCAGAACCCUACCUUCAUCUCCCUCCACCACCAUCGCUCCCAAACCAACCACUGUGUCGCCGCCACCAAACAAUGUGUCUUUAAGGGACAAGUCAGAGACGGCACAGUGUUUUCCGACCACCACCAAACAAUAUUCCAACAGCUAGACCUGUCUUGCUCCGGUCUGAUACGCAACGACGUCGACGUCGAGGUUGUCUUCCUCGUGGGUUGUCACCACGGCCUCGUGUGUCUCGCCCAUGAAGUCACCUCCUCCAUCAUGAUAUUCAACCCUGCCACAAAAGAAUCCAGGCUACUCCCUAAACCCCUUUAUAAAUCAAAGCACAGGAGCUACUUAGGGUUUACUUUUGAUCCCAAGGCUAAUGAUUAUAAGGUUAUUAGAUUCUGCUCCAGCUUUGAGGUUAGGACGUUUACUGUGUGUUUCGAUGAGGAUGACCCUUCUGACGACGCAUGGUUUGAGUUUAAUAUUAACUGGUGGGAUCAGAAAGUUCAAAUCUACCACCUGAGUACCGAUUCUUGGAGAGAAACCGACGCCGUUGUGCCGGAAGAUUUCCCUGACGGCGCUGAACGUCAUUGGAUGGAGUUUUCUACUGGGUUGGCCUUGAUGACGGUACUUGUGCUUGGCUAGUUAGUGCGUUCCACACGUUUGUAGAGGUGUUCGAACGGAUACCCUUGCUCGACGGCAUUUGCUUUCCACGUAUGACUCAGCUCCGCGUUCUGCAUGAUUCCUUCCCUUGCCCUUGUUCUGCCUAAGGUUGGCUACCCGCUGAACGAUACAAGCGUUGACGUAUGGUUAAUGAAUGAAUGCGGAGUUGAUGACAAGUGUUGGACUAAAAGAUACAAUAUUGGACCUCUCCCCGAAUAUCGCUGUGUGUUGGGAUUUCGACAAAAUAUUGAGGUUCUUUUGAAUCGCAAUAAUAGAGAGAUGGUGUCAUACAACCUUAAUACUCAUGAGAUAAAACAUUAUAGACUCUUAUACAAUAAGAGGGAGUUGGGGCCACAAGUACUGCAAGUUUUUCUAUAUGCAGAGAGCUUGAUUUCAGUUAAGAGACGAGUUGAUUGAGGUAAAUUAGGUUGGUACUAUUUACUCAUACCUAAUCAAGAAGGGGGAGGUGAGGUGAUGAGUGGUAUGCUUGGAACUUUCCUUGGAAGUCUUCUACUUAAGCACUGGUAAAAUAAAAGACAGUUUAUUCAGGUUUGUCAAUACGUUUAGAAGAGUGAAGGGUUGGAUUUUCAUGGCUUUGACCAUGUACAUAUAUUAAUUUUCAUUUUUUUCUCGUAUAUAAUUGGGUUUUGUUCCUAUAGUACAUUACAGAAUUGGAUCCUUGGUUCCAACUUACAUUGAUAAGGAAGCACAUUUAAUUAGAUUUUGAAGCAUAAGGUUUGCUACACUGAAUAAAGUUUCCUUUUAUUUGGUUGUGAUUGUUAUCAUUUGGAGAGUUGCACUAUCCGUCCUCCCUCCAUGGGUUUUUUUUAUACAAUGAUGCCUUAAAACUAUAAAGUAGGGUAGCCUGGUUGUUGGCUACCUUUUUGGGUUGGUAUGGUUUCUGAGAGAGCAAAACAAUAGGACAUUUGAUGGAGGGGAGGAGAUUGUUUUUAUCGUAAAGAGUUCAUUUUCUUCUAUAGUUUGUCGUCUGGAUACGAGGGUAGUUCCACGUAGCUUGUAUCAGUUUGUUGAUUUCGUGAAUUCUUUGCAUACGUGUAUCUUCUGGCAUUUUAUGUUAUACUCUUCUGCAUUGCUUUUAUUUGAUUUUGGAAGUUUAGGUUUCCCUUUUUGGACAUAGUUGCAUCAUGUGGAUGCUCUUCAACAUGUUUAUGUGUGAAAACCAAAUAGACUAGAAACAUAUGGAUGAGGUUGCGCAUUCACCAAUAAGUCAAUCUUCUAGAUAAGUAGAUAUACGCCUAUAUAAACAUAAAGAGAUGAAGUAUGAAGAAAACUUAUGUGAGUACACGCAUAUAAUGGAUACACCUGCCCAUAAGUACUCUUUAUAGAUCUCAGAAGGACACUCUCUAGCUGCCACUUUGUGAAUCGGUUACUUAGCGCACACUUUAGGAAACACAUAAAUAGGAUUACAUAAGAGAACGCGCUGCGUUGGAUGUACCCAGUAUCUUUUCUAGAGUAGACUAAGGUUGGAUUAACAAGAUUAGAAAAUAGGACAUUCAAGGGAGUUCAGGAGCCUAAAGAGUUCCUCUCUUGUU